AAGCACCCGGAUGUGUGUAUAUACGUCUUUGGUCAUUAAACCAAGUAAAAGGUAAAGUCAUCUGAUAUCAAGUCAGGAUGUCGUCCACAACUCAGAAACAACAGAACUUUGUGUCAGAGCCAAUGGGAGAUAAGCCUGUAACUGUUCUACCAGGAAUAGGACCGGUUCUUGUUGAAAGACUCAACGGGGCGGGGUUUGAUAAGGCGAAAGAUGUUCUGGGCAAGUACCUGGUGAUGAAGGAAGAUAAGGAGAGUUUCAAGGGCUGGGUGAAGGACACAUGUGAUGCUAAUUCCAAAUAGGCGGAGGACUGCGCCAAUUGUCUGAAAGACUGGUCUAAUGAUCACGUGUGAGGUGCCUGCCCUGUCAAACUAUGCUUCU